AUGAGCACAUCGGACGGCAAACAGGCUCAUAGAGCUUUCAUUGCCCUCGGUAGCAAUGUUGGUGAUCGAGUUGAAAUGAUUGAAAAGGCUUGUCUGGAACUGGACCGCGCCAAUAUCAGAGUCAAGCGGACAAGCUCACUCUUUGAGACAACGCCGAUGUAUGUCCUUGACCAAGGGACUUUUAUAAAUGGAGUCUGCGAGAUUGAAACAACACUUUCGCCCAUGGAGCUUCUGGAUGCUCUUCAAGGCAUUGAAAAUGCCUUGGGGCGGAAGAAGUUGAUCGACAAGGGGCCGCGCUCCAUUGAUUUGGACAUCCUGUUGUAUGACCAGGAGAUAUUCUCCCACGAACGUCUUAAUGUCCCGCAUAAUUUCAUGCUAGAACGUGACUUCGUCCUCCGGCCUCUCUGCCAACUCAUCCCUCAUGAGCGACCGCCUCAGCCUGGGAAGGACUCAAAAACAUACCUCGAACAUCUCAAGGUGCUACCACCACCAGAGCCAACACCUUAUUCAACGACACCGAUUUCUCCUCACUUCCCCGCAAUUCAUGCAACAGAUCCUCAACGCAACACACACGUUAUGGCCAUCAUGAACCUCACCCCCGACUCUUUCUCCGACGGCGGCAAGCAUUCACCCUCCGACGUGACCUACAUUACCGAAACAGUGCGCAGCUUCAUCGCCCACGGCGCUACGAUUAUCGACAUCGGGGGUGAAAGCACUCGCCCCGGCUCAACGCCCGUCGGCGCGGAUGAGGAAAUCGCUCGUGUUGUCCCCGCAAUCAAGCACAUCCGCACCUCCGUCCCCGAAGCCGCCAACAUCGCCAUCAGCAUUGAUACAUACCGCGCAAGCGUCGCAGAAGCAGCAUGUGCCGCAGGCGCAGACAUAAUUAACGAUAUCUCCGCCGGCACUCUAGAUUCCGAAAUGCUACCGACUGCUGCGCGCAUUGGCAAGUCGAUAAUCCUCAUGCACAUGCGCGGCACCCCUCAAACCAUGACCAAGUUGACCGACUACCCCAACGGCGUCAUUCCAGAAGUUAGCGCCGAACUCCGUGAACGUAUCGCAGCCGCCGAGGAAGCUGGUAUUCGUCGCUGGCGAAUCAUCCUCGACCCGGGGCUGGGCUUUGCGAAGAAUCAGCCGCACGACUUGGAGAUUCUGCGUGACCUUUCCCGGUUGCGCGAGUCUGAGGGCUUGGACUGCUUUCCCUGGUUGACGGGACCUAGUCGGAAGAGAUUUAUUGGCCACCUUACUGGUGUGAAGACCCCCCGCGAACGAGUAUGGGGUACUGCGGCUACGGUCUCGGCCAGUAUUGCCGGAGGGGCUGAUAUUGUACGUGUACAUGAUGUACAUGAGAUGUGGCAAGUUGCCAAGGUUGCGGAUGCAAUCUACCGUGUUGAAUAG